AGCGCCCUGCCAGACUGCCGCCCCGCCCCCGUCCCCGCCAGGUUUCGAUUCCGCGGGAGCCGAGCGGUUCCGCACUGCCGGAGCUGAAUGGAGGGCGCUGCGGCGCGGGGCGCGACGCCCGGGGAGCCCCGGCCCGCGGAGUCCGAAGAGGCGCGUGGCUGGCGUUGCCCAGAGCACAGCGACCGUCCCGUGGAGCUCUUCUGUCGCCGCUGCCGGCGAUGCGUGUGCGCGCUCUGCCCCGUGCUGGGCGCGCACCGCGGCCACCCGGUCGGCCUGGCGCUUGAGGAAGCGGCGCGCGUGCAGAAACUCAUCCAAGAAUGUUUACAGCAGCUGGAGACCAAGAAGCAGCAGCACCUUGACAACAUCACCUGGAUAGAAGAUGCAGCCGAGAAGCUCAAGGCUCAUGCAGAGUCAAGUAAAACCUGGCUGACGGAGAAAUUCACUGAACUCAGAUUACUACUUGAUGAAGAGGAAAUGCUGGCCAAAAAAUUCAUCGAUAAGAACAUGCAGGUGGCCCACCAGGUGUACGGGGAGCAAGUUGAGUCUUGCCAGAAGCAGAUUGACGGCAUGCACCAUCUCUCCAACAAGGUCUGGAGUAUCGGCCAGGAGUCCAACCCUGUUCAGCUGCUGCAGGCAUACAUGGCCACUGAGCAGGAGAUGAAGCAGCACAUGAGCCUUGGGGAGCUGAGCCACCCCGUUCCUCUGUCCUUUGAGCCCAUCAAGAGUUUCUUUAAGGGCCUCAUGGAAGCCAUGCGGAGUACGCUGCAGACACCACUAGACGUUCGCCUGAAGGAAAACGUAAACUGCCAGCUCUCAGGCUCCUCCAGCACCAAGCUUGGGACCUUGCUGAAAACAAGCCCCUCACCAGAGAGAUCGCUCUUCUUAAAAUACGCGCGCACGCCCACGCUGGAUCCCGACACGAUGCACGGGCGCCUGCGCUUGUCCGCCGACCGCCUGACGGUGCGCUGCAGCCUGCUGGGCCGCCUGGGUCCGACGCCCGCGAUGCGCUUCGACGCGCUCUGGCAGGUGCUGGGUCACGACUGCUUCGCUGCGGGCCGCCACUACUGGGAAGUGGACGUGCAGGAGGCGGGCUCCGGCUGGUGGGUGGGUGCCGCCUACCCAUCGCUGCGGCGCCGCGGGGACUCGGCCGCCGCCCGCCUGGGCUGCAACCGUCAGUCCUGGUGCCUCAAGCGCUACGACUUGGAGUACUGGGCCUUCCACGAUUGCCAGCGCAGUCGCCUGAGGCCCCGCCAUGACCCCGACCGGCUGGGCGUCUUCCUGGACUACGAGGCCGGCGUCCUCUCCUUCUACGACGUGACAGGUGGUAUGAGCCACCUGCACACCUUCCGCGCCGCCUUCCAGGAGCCACUGUACCCGGCCCUGCGGCUCUGGGAAGGGGCCAUCAGCAUCCCCCGGCUUCCCUAAGGACCCAGAGCACAGUGAACCCCAGGCGCUCGUGUCCCAAGCGUGGCUACUUUCUAAGACCUUCUCCCAGCCCCAGCCCUCCCCCACCAGCGGGGCACUUUGAACCAUUCCUCUUCCCAGGCUAGUUUCAAACGUGUCCCAAACAAGUCUGCUGCUGCCCUUUCCCCCACCACCGUGGCUUACACUAUACUACUUUUAGUGCAGGUGAGCUUUAGCAUUCUGAGCAGGUUGCCAGAGCAGGUUGUGCCCAGCCAGACCCUCCUGGCGCAUAGUAGGCACACAGUAAAUAUCCGACUGAGAGUCCCAUAGCUGAGGCUCUUCUGUUCCUUAAGCCCCUUUGAUCUGCCUGCUCUCCACCUACUUCAGCUUGUCCAUGUCACCUCCCUUCAGAGGAGCUGCCAGGGCUUCUUACUUUCUGGUCUGAACCCUUUCUCAUCUUCCUCUUCUAACCCUAAAACCAGAGGGAUCUGCCUAAAACGGGACUGAAUCAUUUAGAACUCUGAAGAGUCUCCCAGGAACUACAAAAACAGAAAACAAACACACUUUCCCUUAGCAUUCAAGGCUUUUCUAGUCUGCCCUCCUGGGCUUACCCUCAUGCAGCCCGGUUGCUCUUUUCAAAGAGGCUCCAGUGGGAACUUGUCAGUUCUACCUCUGCCUCUGUGCCACCCUCCUCCACCCACCCUCACCCCCCACCUCUGUGCAGGAAAAGCCUUUCUUCUCUUUGCCGGUCUCAGUCUUCCCAGCCCACAAGAAUCUCUUUAUUAUAAGGCCCACAAAUCUGGGACCUGUCUUUCCAGCUUGAUUGGAAGCUUUCUAAGGGCAGCUGUGCCCUAUACUCACCUGACCUGAAAAGUUCACAAAGUCCCUUCCCUCCUAGGCAAUGAAUGAAUGACCAGCAGGCUUCUACCACUGACUCAGAAUGGCCAAGCUGGGAGGCCCUCACAGAUCACCCUGACCUCAUUGUACAUUUGGGGAGACUAAGGUUCUGAAAGCAAGAGCUGCCUUAAGUUACCCACAGUCACUUAGGUCUGGGCCAGUCCUGGAGCCCAGAUCAAAACCCCACUCACCAGCCACUAGGCAAAUCUGAAAUUGUCCCUACCUAGCUCUUUAGGCCAAGCUUUCAACCUGGGAGAUUUGACUGCUUUCUCAGGGGAAGAAUCAGAAGGUAACUUGCUGAGCAACCACAGGUAUUUUUCCCAAUUGUCAUAGGAGAAAAUCUGAAUGGGAUUUGGGCAGUUCUAGGUAUUCCAAUACUCCAUAGAUCCCUUAAACCCAGAUGGCCAAGGAAACCUCAAAAACUCAAUUGGAACAAAAUGACCAAUAGAAAAGGUCAAAGGGCCAGGCCAGCUCCUCCAGCAGAGAAAGGUGGCAUUGUCCCAGGGCCUGCUCCUGAGUUCUGGAGGCUCAGCAUUGUGACCUAUCAAUUCCCUUGCUGGUUUUGCAGCUCUAGAGUACUAAAGCAUCUUCUCUCACUUUUCACUUUGGAAUGCAGAGCCUGAUCCCCCCUCAUGGUUUAAACGGACGAUGUGCAUUAGUUUGAACCAUACAAAACAGCCAAGUUCCAAUGAUUUUUGGCUUUAAGAUGGCACCUUCAUAUGUGGCAACAUAAGUUGACUAUAAGGCAGAAGGAAUCAAAGUGCCUUCAGUUCUAACCAAAUAACUGAAACCUCUACCUUCAGAUGACAAAACACUGUGUUCUAGAUAUCUUGAGUAAAGGGAAAACCGAUCAUUGGAAAUGGCCCAAGGCUGCAUUCUGACAGGCAGACAACAUUCCUGACAGGUGUAUACUUCACAUUUCCACCCAUCCCUGAAGACCAGCAUGUCUUCCCAGACCCACCACUGCAGGAGCCAAGCUGUGACAGCACUUUGACAUGUAGCCUUUCAACUAAACUCAUCUGAGCCUCACAUCAUUUGUGGGAGGCAGCAGUUAUCCCAUUUUGCACCUGACAGAACAAAGACAGAAGGAGUCACUUGCCCAAGGUCACAGAACUAGUGCUGGAGUGUGGGGGUCUGGGCUCCUGUCCACCAGGACGUGCCGUUCAGGGUGGAUGCCGCUGGUGGUUCCAGCACCUGUCAUUGCAUUACUGACUGUGAUGCUUUGCUUUUGCCUGGUUCUAUGUGGGACCUGAGUCUGCCUUUGGAUUACCUUCCUUGGGUUGAGAUGAGGCUUUCAACCCCAAGGGUACUUGUUUUGAGAGUUUGGGAUUCAUGUAGCAGAGACAGAACUGGAUUAUAAACCAGAAAAGCAGGCUGUAGGCCAAGGCCUAUACUAGUCAGAAAACUUCAGUGGCAGUCCAUAAUCAACCAUGUGCCCUUGGGCCAGUCACUUUUUACUUCCUGUAGCCUUAUCUGCAAAAGGGUAUAAUGACCCAAACUACCAGUGCUCUGGGCUCAAAUGAAAGGUUAUGAUAUUGCUUUAAAAAUUGUGCAGUGCUGUAUCAUACUAGGACUUAUUAGCACUUCCAGUGGGAACCUGUCGUCCCGUGUUGCAGUGCUGAGACAAUGCAGGCCCGGCCACCACAAGGCAGCAGUCGGAGCCCUCUUGAUAUUCUCAGCACAGGAACAGUUUUCCUUGGGGUCCACAUCCAUAAGGGUGCUGAUCAUGUGCCUUAAUCUCUCCCAGAGUUGAAUCUGUAAAAAUUUCCUUAUUGUUGCAGCAGAUUGCUUACAGUUUAUCCUCCUGUGCUGGGGAUCCAAUCCAGACCCUCUCACAAAUGCCAGGCAAGCACUGUCCCACUGAGCUACAACCCCAGCCUAGUGGAUAUUUUUAAAUGACAGCAAUUUUCUAAUAUGUGGUUUGUUUUAAUAAUCAAUUUUUUUUUUCUUGGUGCUGGGGAUCAAACCUAGGAUCUGACACAUGCUAGGCAAGUAUUCUACCACUGAGUUAUGGUGGUUUUGUUUAAUAAAAUCUGAAUAUUGUCCCUUG